CUGGGCCCACGGGGGACCGCCACGCGCCUCCAGCCUCCCGCGCUUCGGCUCCCGACGCCCGGACCCCGCCGCGCGCCGGACCCAGCCGCGUUGGUUGCUGGCCCGCCCCGCCGGGCGGCCGUCGACGCUAGAGCCCUGGCGCGGGGCCAGGGAGUGCGGGGCCCGGAGCGGGGGCCUCCGGCGAGCCGGCCGCUGCUGGCGCUGGCCCUGGCGCUGCUCCUGCUGCCGCUGCCCGCCGGCGCCUGGUACAAGCACGUGGCGAGUCCCCGCUACCACACGGUGGGCCGCGCCGCCGGCCUGCUCAUGGGGCUGCGCCGCUCGCCCUACGUGUGGCGCCGUGCGCUGCGCGCGGCCGCUGGCACCCCGGCCUGGGACGCCUUCGCCCCGGGCGCCGCGGCGCGCGACGCCCUCCUCCUGCGUUUCCCGGGGCUUUGGGAGCCGUGGGAGGCGCCACGCCGGAGCUUCACAGCUGGGCGCCCCGUGCGUGCGCCCCGCAGCCCGCCCGCCCUCGAGUGGCGGCCGGGGCCCCGCUCCCCCAGCGCAGCGGACCCAGCCAGACCCUUCGGAGAGACGGAUCGCGCCCCGCCGCCGUAUCCGCAGCGAAUCCCCCUCGCCGGCCCCCGCCUGGCCCGCGGACAGCUGUGAGCCUCCCGGGCCGCGACGCCCCCGCGCCUGCCCCGAGAAGAGCUGCCGCGGCGUCGGCCGAGCCGGGCCGUGUGGUCAAUAAAACCCGCCUGGCCGCUGCGCCCCCGCGA